CCCGGGGCUUUUCCUCCCUCUGGGCCGUGACCCGGCCUGCUCGCGCCCCGCACGAGUCCUGCCCUCUGCACCGAGAGCACCGGGGUCAGUUUAAGUAGUUAAUGCUGGCGAAGCAGUUCUGGGGGGAUAAGUGCUGUGUAAGCACCAAGUCUCCCAAGUCUCCCGCCUUCCAGAACACAAGCCCCACGCAGCCCGGCUGUGCAUGGCGCAGAUAAUCGCCCCGACCGCAGAGCGCUGGCUCAGACUGACUCCCUUCUGCAGGAGCUUGGAGGAGGGGGAAAGGGGGGACGCAGGCGGGUUUGUCCAGGGCUCCAGGGACAGAAAGCUCAAAGCCUCGUUCUUUGUAACCAAACGGGGCUUGCAGCAAAAGGCGUUUGUGCCUCGCCUCCGUUGGGACGAGAGGUGCUGCUGUGUCCCAGGCUUCCUGGCUGUCCCCACCCCAGUGACAGGCACUCGCUGGGUCAGGAGGGGAGCGUGGGCAUCGCUGGGCCCCUCCGCGCCUCCCACGCAGCCAGGAGCAAGCCCUGGAGACCCCAGGCUGUGUCCUGGGAGCGGCCCUGAGGCUCUGGCGGCUGUUGCAGCUUCCCCGCCGGGGCUCCCGUCACGGACGGGCUCAAAGCAGCGUCCCCCGGCCUGGGGCCGAGGGACCUGCGUCGCACUGCGGCCCGGUGCGGAGCCCGCGGGGCAGCGUUGGGGCUGGCGGGGAGCCUGGCGCCUGCGGGGCUGGGGGCGGCGCUGCCCCAAAGUGCCCCAGCCAGGCCCCACGUGCGAGGUUUGCCCCACGCAGGGCCGAGCGGUGCCGGGACGCCUGGCGACGCUGAGGGACGUGGCGGUGGCUGCCCGUGCGGGACGGGGGGCACGUUACGGGGCGCUGCCGGGCGCUGUGUGCGUGGUGGGGAGCAGGGCCUGGCGCUCAGCCCGCGGCCGGGGUGUCCGAGCAGCCCGCUGUCUGUCGGUGCUGGCAGGCAGCCGGGGACCUGCGCUGCGGGGCCGGCAUCCUCCCGUCCCGCCGUGUCUCCUCCCAGCUGCGGGCCCACAAGGGGUGGCGGCUGGUGGGCUAUAUAAAGGCAGGGGAACCUCAGCCAGCUCAAAAGAAACUCCUGGAGCUACUGGUGUUCUCCCUCCCUCCCUCCCUUCACGUGAUUCAGCUUCCCCACACCAGGGAAGCCGAGGACAAGUCAUACUGUGCGGGAUGGCUGCCGGCAGCCGCCUCCUCCUCCUGCUGCUGCUGCCCUGCCUGGCCGCGGCCUCGCGCAGCCCACCCGGCUGCAGGAUCCGGAUUACCUCCAAGGGGCUGGACCUGGUGAAGCAGGAGGGGCUGCGCUUCGUGGAGCAGGAGCUGGAGAACAUCACGGUGUCGGACCUGCACGGGAAGGAGGGGCAGUUCCACUACAACAUCAGCCAGGUCAAGGUGGUGGACCUGCAGCUGCCCUUCUCCGACCUGCACUUCCAGCCGCAGCAGCACCUCGCCUUCAACAUCAACAACGCCUCCAUCAGCCUGCGCUUCCGCCGCCAGCUGCUCUACUGGUUCUUUUACGACAUCGGGUCCAUCAAUGCUUCUGCUGAUGGCGUCCACAUCCACACGGUGCUGCGGCUGGCCAAGGACGAGGUCGGGCGCCUCAAGAUCUCCAACAUCACGUGCAAUGCCUCCAUUGCCAGAAUGCACGCAGGCUUCUCUGGCACGCUCAGGAAGGUCUACGAGUUCCUGAGCACCUUCAUUGUCACAGGGAUGCGCUUCCUCGUCAGCCAGCAGAUCUGCCCGUCCCUGGAGCACGCCAGCCUGGUGCUGCUGAACUCCCUGCUGGACACGGUGCCAGUGAGGAACUACGUGGACGAUCACAUUGGGAUCGACUACUCCCUCCUGCGGGAUCCAUCCGUCUCCCCGGACACCCUUGACCUAGACUUCAAGGGCAUGUUCUUCUACCGUGCGAGGGAGAGCCAGGAACUGGAGAACCACGCGGUGGAGCCGGUGAUCAAGGAGACCGAGCGCAUGGUCUACGUUGCCUUCUCCGAGUACUUCUUUGACUCAGCCAUGCACGCGUACUUCCAGGCGGGCGUGCUGGCCAUAGAGCUCGAGGGGGAGAAGGUGCCCAAGGACCUGGAGGUUUUGCUGAGAGCCACCUUCUUUGGGACCAUCUUCAUGCUGAGCCCCGCCGUGGUGGAUGCGCCCCUGCGCCUGGUGCUUCAGGUGUCGGCUCCCCCCCGCUGCGUGAUCAAACCCUCGGGCACCUCCGUCUCCGUCUCCGCCUUCCUCAACAUCUCGCUGGUGCCCGCGGGCCGCCCCGCCGUGCAGCUCUCCAGCAUGGCCAUGGAAACGAAGCUGAGCGCCAAGGUGUUCCUGCAGGGGAAGGCGCUGCGCGUGCAGCUGGACCUGCGGCGGUUUCGCAUCUACUCCAAGCAGUCAGCGCUGGAGUCGCUGGCGCUGUUCUCACUGCAGGCCCCGCUGAAAACCCUGCUGCAGCUGACGAUCAUGCCCAUCAUUAACGAGAGGACGAGAAAAGGGGUGCAGAUCCCGCUGCCGGAAGGCAUGGACUUCACCAAGGAGGUGGUCACCAACCACGCGGGAUUCCUCACGGUGGGAGCUGAUCUCCACUUCCAGAAGGGGCUGCGGGAAGUGAUUGAGAAAUACCACGCCGUCCCCGCAGCCCCCACCUCACCGCCCGCAGCGCCCAGCGCAGAUCCCCGCCAGCCGUAGCUCCCACUCGCUCCUUCACCCUGGACAGAGGGCAGAUCCCGGGCUGGACCCGUAGGCUGUAGGUAGGAAGCAGCAUCCCCAGCACCACUCGAACAUCCCGCAGGGCUUCUGCGCCCUGGUGGGCGGCAGCAAGGCGGAGACAGCUGCUCUGGGAACCCCUGCUGCACCCUUGUCGUUACACUAAUAAACCACUCAACGCCAA